AUGAGUGAUGAGAGUAAAUCACCUGAAAGUAAGGUACCUGAAGCUGUUGAAGAGGUAGACCUAAAGGAAGUUUCCUCCCCAGAGGCUGCUUCCACACCGGCAAGCUCUAAACUCAUUGGCAUCCUCAAGACCAAGUACAGAAGGAAAAAGGUCCCCAAUUCAAGCCUUCAGUUCCUUGGUAGCAAAAGACCAAGAGCCAGGCCUAAAACUCUAUCUAAGCAGGUAGAAAUUGAUCUCGCCCAGCAAAUUUUGGAGGAGCAGGAUAUACGAGACACUGUGGAUGAUGAACCACAGUCUGAUGCUUUUGAUGACCAGCAUGGUAAAUCAAAGUACCUUAAAAACAUAAAGCACUUCAUCAUGCCUGUUGUCAGUGCACGGUCCUCACGGGUGAUCAAGACUCCACAGAGGUUUAUGGAUGAUGCUGGCAUGUCUGUUUUGCCUCGUAGAAACUCCCCGAAGAAAGGCCAACUAUUCGGCUUACACCCACGCACUGGAAGGAAACGAGAAGAUGGCACAGGUAGAGAGCUUACUCCUGAUCUGCCUAUCGACGAGGAAGAAUUUCUGAAUGAGGCCCAGUUAGAUGUCGAUUUGUUCUCAACUCAGGAACUAGAACAGGAAACCACUGACGUGAGUGACUGCUUAUCCUCCGGAAAGCAGUUUGGAAAGAGGAGGUCCCUUUUGAGGAAUCCUAGUUUCAAGUGGCAUGUGCCAGGAGAGUCUGAAGCAGGAAAGCUUGAGCCACAGGAACUGCAUCUGGACAUGAUCGCUGAGGCUGACCGUGCUACUGCUGAGAAAGGAGCCACCCAGAGAGUUUGCCUCACAGGGGCCAAUAAGAGGAUGUUCAAUCUGCUCAAGAAAGCCAAGGUCCAGCUCAACAAGAUCGACCAGCAGAAACAACUCAAGUCCUCAGGGCUUCUAUCAGGGCCUGCUGGCUCCAGAGAUGCAGCAGGGAAGAGACAAAGGAGGAAACCGAAAGAGCAGCUUGAGCCUGCUGCCUCAAACAUGACUGACCCUCCACUGUCACAGGAGUUCCGCAGAGCGGGGGGUCCACGCAUCAAACACGUGUGCCGUGCAGCAGCUGUGGUGCUUGGCCAGCCUCGUGCGCUGGUGCCCGAUGACAUGAUCCCCAGACUCAGUGCUCUGCCACUGCAUGAGAGAACUGGCAUAUCCCCCUCUGGCAAGAACCAAGGUGGUCGGUCUCCCUCUGGGCCAGACAGCCCUGGGCUGCCAGACCAGAAGGUUACCACGGUCAGGAAGUCGGGAGCAGGUUUUGGUAAACAAAAGAGCCUUGGAACGUUCGGGCUCCGCUCUCGGAGGUGUGGGAUCUGCAAGGGCUGCAACCACGAGGAGGACUGUGGCGAGUGCAUGAACUGCCUGGACAAACCCAAAUUUGGAGGGCCCAAUACGAAGCGACAGUGCUGCAUAUAUAAAAGAUGCGAUCAGAUUGAAGACAGAAAGGCACGUCGUCUGAGUUGCAAGAUUCCUAGAGGUCCUGGGAAGCGCCCGCGGCACUCCCUCAGCGUGGUUCAGUCUAGCAAUGAGGAAGUUGAUGGGAUGGAGGUGGGGGACAGCCAGAGCCCAUCUGUGAGGAAGCAGCCGCGGCGUUGUGUGAAGCCGCGCUCCUACUUUGACCUGCUGGACUAUGACUCCGACCUGGAGAUCACUGUGGGCUCCAACUCUGCCUCCCCCGGCCGGAGGAGAGGCCCCGGCCCACGCAGCCAAGACUUUGUCUCUCUGGAUGGAUUCCUGGGAGACCUGUCGGACGACGGUGUGAGACAUCGCAGGCUGCACCACCGAGUCCCUCCUGGUCGCCGUAAAACUGACAAGCAGUCCCACCCUUCACAGGCACAGCGAAGGCGGACAGGCCCGUUGAGCGGUGGUGUCUACAGAUGGCUGGACGAUGACCACCAGGGAGAGAGAGAGUCAGAGGGGCUGUCGGCGGAGCAGCUACUGCUGCAGAUGACGCAGUCCCCCCCACACCCACAGUCAGACCUUGAGCUAUCCUCCUCCUACCCCGAGGACCAGGGGUCCCCCCACCCCUGGCGCCUGCUAUCCCACACUGGGGCCACCCCGGGGUGGCAAAGGGCCAGGGUAGGGGGUGAGAGGGGAAGGAUGUUGGAGGCGGGGUGGGGACGAGCCCGUUUUCAUCCUCCGUCAUAUUUUUCCCAGAAUCCUCUGGAACAGACGCCACCCAGCGUCCUGGCCGCCCUGGCCAAUGGAUUCGACCAGAGGGAGAGGGAGCCCUCCGAGCCUACGCACAAGAUCGGCGUGGACUUCAAGGAGGACUGUGACCUCCAGAAUGUGUGGAUGAUGGGAGGCCUGAGUAUCCUGACCUCUGUGCCCAUCAUGCCCCCCUGUGUCUGCCUGCUGUGUGCCAGUAAAGGACAACAAGAGCAAAUGCUGUACUGCCAGGUGUGCUGUGAGCCAUUCCACCGGUUUUGCCUUGAGCCAACGGAGCGGCCCUCUGAGGAGAACAAGGAGAACUGGUGCUGUCGCCGCUGCAAGUGCUGCCAUAUAUGUGGCAGAAAAAGCAAGCACUCCAAGCCUCUGCUGGAGUGUGACAGAUGUCAGAACUGUUAUCACCCUUCAUGCCUGGGUCCUAACUACCCAAAACCCAACAGGAGGAGGAAGGCCUGGGUGUGUAUGACGUGCAUCAGAUGUAAAAGCUGUGGGGUUACACCAGGGAAGAGUUGGGACACCGAGUGGAACCACGAUAAAGGACUCUGUCCAGACUGCACCAAGCUCCACGACCAAGGCAACUACUGUCCGAUCUGCUUCAAGUGCUAUGAGGACAGUGACUACGACAGUCAGAUGAUGCAGUGUGCCACCUGUAACCACUGGGUCCAUGCCAAGUGUGAGGACCUGACAGGUGACCUGUAUGAGAUUCUGUCCAGCCUGCCAGAGAGUGUGGCGUAUUCCUGCCGGCCCUGCAGCCAGUCCCAGCCCAGCGCCUGGAGGGAGCUGCUCCAUAUGGAGCUGAGGGCCGGGAUAGAGAAGGUGCUGGCCUGCCUGCUCACCUCCACUCUCACCCAGCACCUCAUUGCCUGCUCACAGUGUGUGACCCAGGUUGUCCCUGACAGUGGAGCGGAGGGCCAGCCAGCCUGUGACCUUCGUGCUGUGGGCAAGAAGUUUGACAAAGGCCUCUACACCACCCUGAAAUCAUUCCAUGAAGAUGUGGUGCAAGUGGUACGGAGGCGUCUGGAUCAGGAGGAAUUUCUACCGGAGGAUGAAAGGCCCACAGCCGUGGCCCGCUCCUACUACUUGAAGCUUCUGGAGGAGGUCUUCAACUGGUUCAACAGUCAGGACCCCAAAGUGUGGGACCCCCGAUCCAAAGACCUGCCUAUUGGGAUGCUGUCCCAUGCGGUUCAGCCUCCCACCACUGAGCAUGUGUACGCCCAGUGGCGUGAGAGGGAGGAGCUAAGGUCCAGGGCCCCUCUGGGGUCCCUGCAGAUGGAGAACGUACUACGCCUGGAGGUGAAACAAGAAGAGGUGCCUCACCCCACCACCCCACUGACCACAGAGCCAACCAGGGGCCUCCACUUCAGGAAAAACAGGGCUUUCAGGCUUAAUAAACUCAAAGGGAAAAGGGGAAGAGCCGGGCGGCUAUCCAUGUCUGAGGGACGGCCAUCCAAGUCUGAGGGACGGCUGUCCAAGGCUGACCUAGACACAGGGUGGUCCAAGGACGACGGGAGGCAAUGCUCACUGUGCCAAAAGUAUGGAGAUGCUAAGUCCAAUGAGGCGGGCAGGCUGCUGUACCUGGGCCAGAACGAAUGGGCUCACAUCAACUGCUCCAUGUGGUCCGCCGAGGUGUUCGAGGAGGACAAUGGCUCUCUGAUGCACGUGCACAGUGCCGUCGCUAGGGGGCGCUUCAUGCGCUGUGAGCGCUGUAACCAUACAGGUGCCACAGUAGGCUGCUGUCUGACCUCCUGCCAGAGCAACUACCACUUCAUGUGUGCCCGCUCCCGCAACUGUGUAUUCCAGGACGACAAGAAGGUGUACUGCUACAAACACAGAGACCUCAUCAGUGGCAAGAUCAUCACCGGCCAAGGGUUUGAGGUGAAUCGGAGGAUGUACGUGGACUUUGAUGGGGUCAGUCUUCGCAGGAAGUUCUUGACCGGACUGGAGCCAGAAAACAUCAAUUUGAUGAUCGGCUCUUUGCAGAUUGAAAAGCUAGGUAUGCUGACUGAGCUGUCUGCAAAGCAAGGAAAACUUUUCCCAGUGGGUUACCGGUGUUCUCGCUGGUACUGGAGCACGGUGAACCCACUGCGGCGAUGCAAGUACACGUGUACGAUCCGUGAAGUCCGCCCUCCGGUCCCUGAGAAACCUGCUGAAGAGAUGCCUGACAAAGGAGAGAAUAGCACUAUAGCACACAGCCCCUGCACCCAGUCAGAAUCUGAUGCCCAAGAGGUUGAUGUGGCACAUUCUCGACCCACUACUCCCAGCUUCUCAGCUCCACUCCCUAAACCUGACCACGGGGCAAGGCCCAAAAUCAGGAGACCAGCUGGAGGACUGUUCCGGCCUCUGCCCUCCCCAGGAGCUACCAAGUCCAAACCCCACCACAUCCUGACCAUCAGUGACCUGGAGGAGACACGCAGGCCUCGUCGCCACAGCCCCCACUCCCAAACCCGCAGGGACAUCUCCUCCCCACCCCUGGGCUCUCCAACUGGUUCUGGACUAAUCACCCUCCGCACUGGGGGAUCCAUGCAUCCCAAGGCCUCCGUGCCCACCUCUCCGCUGUUUCCCCUCGGGGCUACUGAUAUCCUGUUGACCUCUCCCUCUACCCGACCUGUCGGAGGUCGAAGUGCUUCCUCUGCCCGAUGCCCCGGGAACAUGACUCACUCUACCUCAGGACUCUUUCCCCAGCCACCAUGGGAAGACAGUGUGGGCAGCUUCCCUUCCCCUGGCCUGUCCCUCUCCCUCUCCCCCAUCAUCCAGCACUCUCCUAGACCCAGGCUGUCUUUUGACCUGAACCAGUCAGACUCAGUGGAGGUACCACACAACUUCCUGGCCUCCCCAGAACCGGAGGAUAACCCUGCACCCAACAGCACCUCACCACUUAGAGGCUCUUUCACACAAUUCCGCGAGGACUCUGACGUGGCCAUGGGCUCCGAGUUGAAGACUGAGCUUGAGAUUGAGGAGAUGCUAGUGAAUGAGGGAGUGGCCAUGAACUGUGGUGCCCAGAUAGACGUGGAGGGCGACGACAACCAAGAGGAGUUCUGGGAGCCAGAGGUUCGCAAGAGGAAGACGCGUACAGCCCUGACCCGCUCAGCUGCCAGGCAAGACUGGGGGAACACUUCCUCCGAUGAGGACAUGGAGCACUAUUUUGACUUCUCGCGGACUGUGGUCAGUCGUACAGGCUCCAGGGACACAACCCAGGCUCCUGCCUCUCCCUCUUCAAGAUCUAUUCCUCAACUGGACGGCGUGGACGAUGGGGCGGAGAGUGAUGCCAGCGUGACAACCACGGACGGGGCUCAGAAACUGAAGAGCGCCAGUCAGGUUCAGAACCCAGGUCAAAUGCAUGUUCCGCCUGAAGUAGAAAUGACGACAAAUGGUCUAAGUGCAGACUCUGGAAGCCCUGUCUCAGAUCAGUCACCCCUUAGCAACCCUCUCAAGUCUACAACCAGAGUUGUCCUCCCCUCUACAAAACCUCCCCCAGCGUAUAUGCCCCAGGAUCCAUCCAAAGCCUUUAAUGCCGCACAACUAGCUGGGACUGAAUUGGACAGUGUGACCCUUGAGCCAAUUGAGAUCUCACCAAAAGCUCCAAGACCAGCUGGAGUGGACCCAUCCACAACAUACAGCCCUGCUGAUGUGAAUACUACUCCCCUGCAGUUAUACACCUUCCCAACUCCUCUUGAACAACAGAACUCAAUCCCCACCUUAAAAGCCCAGGAACCAGUGCCGCUUGCACCCCUUCUAGGAACUCUGCCGGACUUUGUCCAUACUAAGGUGUCUGAUACGGUCUACCCAGAGGAUUUAUUCCAAGGUUCCAGUCUAGACUUUGCCCCUGAGGCUCCACUUGUUCUUGAAAGGUGUGAUCCUCCCUCCCCCAGCACCUGUUUCACUGAACUGGUCCCUGUCCAGGUUGAUGCUCCCAUGGAAACCCAUCAGCCUCAAGAUCCAAAAGACCUCUUCUUGGAUUCUAACAGCGGCCACUUUGUAUUGCCCACAGAUGGAUCUGCCAUUUACAUGAACCACUUGACCGAGACUUCCGGAGAUCCCUCGUUGAGCAGUAGUCAGGGCACCCUAUUGGAGCUUCUUCAACCCUCUUCUCUUAUCUCCUCGGACUUCCCUAACCCCAGCGUAGCCCAGAUGAACCCUUUACAAAUGAGUCCCUCUGUGCAGUCCUCUUUGCCUGGCUUUAACCCUUCAAGGCCACCUCUCACUAGCAUCUCGCUACAACCCCUGACAUCCUCCCAAGGGUCAACAGUCUUACCGCCCAUGGAGACCUUUUGUACCAAAUUAUCAGCACCUAUUCCAGGCAGUGCCCUUCCACAUUUGUCCUCUCAAAUUGAUCCCAUUUUGUCUGCAACAUCAAGCAUCAGUCUCCCAUCUUAUGGAUCAGUCUCUCUGCCUAUAUUCUCCACACAAUCCCAGGCCAUGAUCUCCACAGCAAUUACCAUUGUAUCCUCCUCUCCCUCCGUAUGCUCUCUCUCCGAUGCUCUAUCCACCCAGUGUCACCCCAUGCUCUCUUCGCUUCAGCCCUCCUCUGCCCCUGUGAUGAUUAACGGAUACAGCUCCACGUCUCUGCAGAAGGAAGCUGCCAUGGGACACACCAUCUCCAUCAACUUCUCCACACCCAGGCCGCCACUGGAGCCCCAACAGCCGCUGUUACCUCAGGGACUACCUGGCCACGCUAUCCUUACUGUGAAGGAAGUGGGUGGUCCCAACGUGGACCCUACACCUCACGUUCUGCUGGUCAACCGCCUGGGCCAGAUCUUUGUGAAGAACCCAGAGAGCAACACCUUCCAGCUGCCCAGUCAGAGCUCUCCCUCCUAUAAUUGUGUCACUCAGAUAGCCAGCCUCCUUCAGAGCAAUGCCCUGUCUGCCACCUUGGCAGCAGCUGGCACAAUGUCCAACCCGGCUCCAGGGACUGCCAUGCCAACCCAUGUCCCUAGGAUGGCCACGCCUGUGGUUCAGAACCCAGGUACCAUCACUCAACUGCUCACUCACAACAGCAAUGGGACAGUUGCAGCGGUCAAGAAACCCAGGAAGAACGCAAGCACAUCUGCAGAUGGAGCUAUACCAGGGAUGAAGAAACCCAGAAAGAAGAAAGAACCUUCCACAACUUCUAGGAGAAAGAAGUCUGACAAAGCUGCAGACCUGUUUGAGUUUGCUGGUCAGGACGGCAGUUCCUCCAUGACCAAGACUGAGAGUGCCCAAGCCAUCAUCAACCAAGCCAUGGCCAGUAACUACACCCCCAACCGGACCGGUCCGCGCAUACUGAGUCCCUCUACAUUCCGUAACAACCCUUCCCUGAAAUCUGUGGUCCUGCCCCCAGGACUACUCAUCGAACCCGAGCCCGCAGCCACCACACUGUCUGUUUCAACACCCCGCCCUCCUCGCGCCCAUGUCCGUAUGAAGAGGGUGUCCUCCCUUUCUGAUCGCAUUGGUGCCACAAAGAAGUCCAAGACAGACUUCCUAGAGCCAGAGCCCCCUAGUGCUAAGGAGGACCUGUCGUUACCCAAAGACAGCUUUGCUGCUGUCUCCAGCAGGGCCGGGGGUGUUCGCAUUAAAACCCCAACGGUGAAAGGUGUGUUGGACCUGGACAAGCUAAAGGAGGAGCACUUGAGUGACUCUGAAAGCACAAGGCCAGGGCUUUGGGACCGCCUGUCGAUACCUCGAUUAGGGAUGGACACAGGUAAACAACAGAACUGGGAUGCAGUGGGCCGCAGUGCCCUGACUGACUGGAACAAAUACUCAGGUGCUGUAUCGUGCUCAGAUGAUGAGCUGAUGCCCUCAGACGAUGAGUGUCCCCCCAGCCGAGACCAGCCCCACCUCCGCUUCGAGAUCAAAAGCGAUGACGGCUUCAGUGUGGAGGCAGACAGCGUAGAGGAGGCCUGGAGGGCAGUGAUCGACUGUGUCCAGGAGGCGCGGGCGGGGGCCAGGCUUAGGCAGCUGUCCUUCUCUGGGAUGACAGGUGCCCGUAUGCUGGGCCUGCUCCACGACACAGUGGUCUUCCUGGUAGAGCAGCUCCAGGGGGCCCGCCGCUGCCAUAGCCACGCCUUCCGCUUCUUUAAACAGAUCAGCCAGGAGGAGGAUCUGCCUGUCAACCCCUCUGGAUGCGCCCGCUCUGAGGUCUACCUCAGGAAGACCACCUUCGACAUGUUCAACUUCCUGGCUUCCCAGCACCGCCAGCUGCCUGACAUCAACCCCUACGAUGAGGAAGAGGAUGAAGUCCCACUCAAAUCCACAAGACGUGCCACUAGCUUGGAGCUCCCCAUGGCCAUGCGCUUCAGACAUCUAGAGAGGACAUCUAAGGAGGCUGUAGGCGUGUACAGGUCUGCUAUCCACGGUCGAGGUCUGUUCUGCAAGAGGAACAUCGAUGCUCAGGAGAUGGUCAUUGAGUAUGCCGGCAUCGUCAUUCGCUCAGUGCUCACAGACAAGCGGGAGAAGUACUACGAUGGCAAGGGUAUCGGCUGCUACAUGUUCCGUAUCGAUGACUUUGACGUGGUGGACGCCACCAUGCACGGCAAUGCGGCACGCUUCAUCAACCACUCGUGCGAGCCCAACUGCUACUCGCGCGUCAUCAACGUGGAGGGCCAGAAGCACAUCGUCAUCUUCGCCCUGCGCAAGAUCUACCGGGGUGAGGAGCUCACCUACGACUACAAGUUCCCCAUCGAAGACCCAGCAAGCAAGCUCAACUGCAACUGCGGGGCCCGGAAAUGCAGACGCUUCCUCAACUAGGGGCAGGAGGAGGACGUGGUACUGCCACAGUCUCUGCAGGGGGAACAAGGCACUACGGGAGGGGCUGAGAGCAGAGGCAACAGGGGAAGACAGAGGUUAAAAGCCUUAAAUUAAGGUUUUACUGGGUUGGGAGGUGGGGGAGGAGAAAAUACAGGAAAGGAUGAGGCACUACGAAGAGACUGGAAGAGGAACCAAGGCCAGGAGAUGGGGAGCAAGAGGGAAGAGGAGCGCCACACAGGGACAUGCAUCCAUAAGCUCACAUUGACUUCUAACCAAUAUGCACUUGCCAGAGGUUGGACAAGUUCACCACAGGAGAGGGUGGAAGUAGCUACCGUUAUAGUGUGGGUUUUUUCCCUUGAGAACAGGAUACUGAACCCUGCAGACAUCUGUUGUGGUUAUGCUGGUUCUAUGUUGCAUGGAGGUAUUUUCCUUGACGCCCUAAUGUCAAGCCCUUUCUGUUGAAAUAAGGGUGGAGCAGAAAAGCUAGACUUGGACAUAUUCUUUAUCUUUUUUUGUCAGGGGGCGGGGGUAGAUUUUUAAUUGACACCUAUAAUCAUGUUGGCUCCAUCCUAUCUAGGUGAUCCCUUGGCCAUAUCUUUACUUGAUCCUGUAAUCAUAGUUUUAUUUAUUUGAAAUUAUAUUUCACAGUGCUCAUCAUGCGUCAGGUUGUACAUAUUUGCUUUCCGUUGACUGUUCAGAGAACCAUGGUGCUAGAUAUGAUGGGCAAUAGGCUUGGAGGCUCCUGGGUCAGAGACCCUGCAAAUAAUAACUAUUUUUCUAUCCAUUCUCCACUCCCCUCUCACACAGACCGGGGAAGGGACCUCCAUUAUGUUCAGUUAAACGGUUAGAUAACGGUUAGUGUCACCCUUAUAGAGUUUGCUGCAGCUAAAUCAUAUCUUUAAGAACUUUCCCUUCACCAUUUUUGUAUGUAGCAAACACUACCCAAUCCAAGAGUGACGAGUUUAGCUGGAAACUUCAGUGCAUCUUUUUUUAUUUUAAAUAUAUUUUAUUACUAUCAUGGCAAAUUCUGAUUACCUUUGCAAUAAUAUUAGGCCUACGACUUUGCUGCAUUACAGUUGCGCGUCUUUAGUGAACUAACAAAAUCCAGACUCCAUAUUUCUUCGACAUUCAGUGGAGUUAACAAAGAACUGACUUCUCUCUCUGACAUUCUCCGCAAUCCAAGGGUGGAAGGGUGGAACACUGUCCAAGUUACACCACUAAGAGAUGCGUUAUAAACUCUAUAUAUUCCCGACUGUGUGGACUGACAGCACCCCUGAGAUCUCAAGCAUAGCAUUAGGCCAGUACUGUACUGUGUUGCUCCGUAGGAUGGCUUUAAGAGAGAAUCAUGUCUUGGUGUAAAACCUAGAUAGGGAGAGAAUGCACUCAGCACCUUAACGUUUGCUGUCGUACAACUUUAGACAACGCUGUCAGUUCAGUCAGACAUAUUAGGAAAUCAAAUGUACACACUGUGGUUCACAUCUUUACAGUGAGAGAUUGCUUGAGCUCUAAAAUAGCUGUAUUUAUUCAUGUUUCUGUUCAGAUUUUGGACUGGUGAAACUAGCUUUGCUUAGUGUAAAUGGUGGUGGUCUUGUGGGAAAUCUUCCUCCCCUCAUUUCCUCUUUUUGUUUACUUUGUUUCCUCUUUUAUUUGAACCUUGAUGUUUGAGGAAAGUUGCGUAUUACAUUUCAGUCUUUACACAAGACAUUGUUCUAAAGCAGGUCUUUUUUAAUUGUUUUUGAUUUUAUUUCUUUGUUCUGGUAUAAUUUUCAUGGAGAAAGUACAGCAGGCCUUAGUAUCGGCAGGCCUUAUAACAGGAGAAUAGCAAGCAUUCGAGUCCAUGCUAUUCUUCCCAUCUGCGUACUACAGAGAACCCUUCAAGCUAGAGAUAAUAAUCUAAAGGAAAUGAGUUCUGUCCUUUUUGGAAUUUAAUACACAGUAAGGAAGAGCUUAAGCCCGCCUGCCUGCGCGACCAAUCAGUGAGAUGGAGCCUAUAUUCCCAUGUGUCAAUCAUCUAACACCCUUAGCAGAGUUUGCCAUUAACAGGAUGCAUCUGGAUUUCAGGGAUACGGCUAUCCUUAACCUAGCUUCCCUUUCUGCUUAAAACCGGAAAUGGGAACACCUCUCAGAGCAGAAAGUUUCUCUAUACCCACUCCACUCCCCAACCUCUUGCCAGGAUUCUACCUCAGUUGUUCUGACAGAUGUUAAAGAAUACUAAUGCAAAAAAAGGAUGAUGAUGAUAAUAUAAUAAGAGUAACUUGGUUUUAAUGUCCUGCAGAGCUGGCCUGUGUGUUCAAUGAAGCAUGCAAAGCACUAGUUGGAAACCUGAAGUUACCAUGACGAUCUCUCCCAGAACUGGUUCAGAAAGCUGUAUGUUCUAUAUGGUAGGGUUAUUUUAAAGUAUAACAAAGUGUAAAAGACAUAAGAAAAUGUGUGAACUUGUCUUUGUUACCUUGUACAAAUAAACCCUGAGUUUGUAAAUAAUUGAAUACAUAUUUCUAAACCCGUUUAAUUUUUCUAUGCACUUUUUUUAUUUAUAAUGUUAUUUGCUUAAUAAAGAUGUUAAGAUGUUUGAACAAA